AUGAAGGCGCUGGAGAGGGUUGCUGCAGCAACCCUCGUUGCAGCCCCGGCAGCCUUCCUUCUGUUCACUAACAAGCAGCAGCAGCAGCAGCAGCAGCAGAAGCAGCAGCAGCAGCAGCAGAAGUUCAGCUGCUGGAGGAACCGCGCCUUCUCCUCUGUCGCUCUUUGCGCAGAGCAGCAGCAGCAGCAGCAGCAGCAGCAGCAGCAGCAGCAGCAGCGGCAGCAGCAGCAGAAGCAGCAGCAAAAGCAGCAAAUAUUCAUCUGGGGCAGCCGCCUGUCUUUCCCUGGCGGAGCUCCUUCUGAUAUCCAAACCCCUACUGAGGCAAAAGCACUCGACGGUUUUGCUUCGAGCUGGCUCGCGCUAUCCUUCGGCCCUCACUUUGCUGCUGCUCUGCCCGCCGACGGCCGCUGCUGCGUUGUGUGGGGGUCGCUGCAGCAGCAAGACAACGAACCAGUUGCUGCUGCUGUUGCUGCUGCUGCUAUUGAUGCUGCUGUUGUUGCUUCUAUUGUUGCUGCAGUUGCUGCUGCUACUGCUGCUGCUGCUGCUGCUGCACUGCCGGGAGUUUGCUGCGGCGACAAUCUCUACGGCCAGUGCUGA